AUGGGAGGAGAAUCCAGUUUUUCCGCUGUUGCACCACCAGUUUUUGAUGGAGACAAUUAUCAAAUGUGGGCAGUUUGUAUGGAGACUUAUAUGGAGGCCUUGGAUCUUUGGGAAGCAAUAGAAGAGGAUUACGAGGUCCCGCCGCUUCCAGCAAAUCCUACUGUAGCACAAAUCAAAACAGAAGGAAAAGAAGACAAGGAAAUCAAAGGCGAAAGCUUGUCUAUUUGCCGCUGUAUCUCAAAUGAUCUUCAUGCGAAUAAUAAGAUGAAGGAGUCUGAAUCGGUGAAAGAGUACUCUGACAAACUUCUCAACAUCGCCAACAAGGUGAGAUUGCUUGGUUCUGUAUUAAAUGAUUCCAGGAUCAUUGAAAAGCUGCUAGUCACUGUUCUAGAGAAGUUUAAAGCCACCAUUACUACUCUGGAGAACACCAAAGACUUGUCAAAGAUUUCUCUUACAGAGCUCUUGAAUGCUUUACAAGCACAAGAGUAA